AUGUGCUGAAAGACCGGUAUAUCGGUGUCGAUGGUAGCAAGAGGCAACAAUAAAAUAUCGUCAUCAACAUCGGAUACCUCUUAAAAGAUAUCAAAGCGUUAUUGAUUUGAAGUUCAAGAAUUUAGUUCGCUGAGGUUUGGUGAACUACUUAGUUGGUUCAUUGAAUCGGUGUAGAGAGAGAAAUUUUUAGAAAAAAUAUUUUUCUUUUGUGUGUGAUGUGGUACAUUUCUAUGUGAUUUAUGACAGAAUUGCGCGAAUGGUUUUUGCUGUGCUUAAUUGAAAAGUGUUGAAACAAACAUUAAAGACAAUUUUAUUGAACAUGGUCGAUGUUGAUGUGAUAAUGAAAAUGAUUCCCAGAAUAUAUGCAAUUUGGAUAAUUUUUGGAAUAGCUGCAAUUACAUCAAAGGUGCACAGCGUAACGGAAAAACAAAUGUAUAAUGCACCACCAGUGCCAGGAUUACCAGAAAACACGGAUCCAACUCAACCAACAAGCACCAUUAAAGCAAAACCGGGCGAAGUUCUGUUAAGUAACAGUUAUUUGCCAGCUGUUAUGCAAGCGGUUGCUUAUUAUGUUGAAUUAAUUCAAUAUGAACCGCAGUAUAUGACAACCAUUGAACCGCCAUAUACCGUGGCCGUUGUCGGGCAACCCGUUCAAUCCGAAGAGUUCACUUCAACCGUAAGUACAACACAAAGAACCACGCAACGAACAACUUAUUCAACAACAACUAGACCUACGACAAGACCGACGUGGUAUUCAACAACAACUAGACCUACGACAAGGCCGACAUGGUAUUCAACAACAGUGGCUCCACUUACGACAAGGUACACAACAACAACGACUGCUGCUACAACGAAACCUACGACACAAUCGACAUGGUGGUCAACGACGACAGCUAGGCCAACAUAUCAAUAUACGACUAAACCAACAAUACCAUCGACCCGACAGACGACUCAACGACCAUGGUAUGCGGAUCAAACAACACAUGCCCAUAAUCCAGGAUACUAUCAGCCGUCGAGUCCGUUGUACGAUUAUCCAGACUCAGCACACAGACCGACUCAAAAACCGCAAACUGGUAAUUUACCAUUGCUCAGCAUAUCGCAAACUCAAUUCUUUGAUUGGUUUUUGCAAAUGAAGACGAAGGGCUUGUCAGAGAUGUCCGAAUACGAUUUACAAUUUCUACAUCAACUUCCUUCGGGACUAUUACAGGACAUCCUGUAUGAACGAUACGAACAGCCGGCGUUUUUAGACAAAGAUAAUGUAGAUGAGUUCCGUAAAGUUUACGAUGACUUUUAUGGACGCAAUCAACCUGUUACUGGCAGAAAGAAAGUACCACCCACUAAACCAUACGUUCAAUUGUUGAUGUUGUAUGAUUUACUCAAACGUGAAGCGAAGAAACUGAUGUUAAAUAAAUUCCAGGGAUACUCACCCGAAAUGCUGGAGGAAUUGCAUAAAACAUCUCAGGGAUCUGCAGAGCGUCAAUUGCACACUCUUCUGUACAGAAUGAUAACGCAGGACGACGUUAAUAAGCCAGAUAUUGUGGUACGCGUUACGGCUAUUAUUGAAGAUCUGAUCACGCCGGAAUCAACUUUAGCAAUGGCUUUACGGUACAUUCCUCCACUUGCCUUUGUGCCAUAAUUUAGUGAAUAAAAAGUAACUUAUAUACCAACU